GUAAAAUUCAGUCCCUCAGUAUUUUUAAACUGACUGCUGUGCUGUAUGUUAAGUUCCUAUCCCAGGAUUUCCAUUUUGGUAUCUAAGUAAUGAAUUUUAUGGAUCAAGACAUAUUGGGUCAGGCCUUUGAAGAUGCCCUAGAAGUGCUGCAGCAGCAUUCUGAUGGUGAAAUUCAGUAUCCACCAGAUUGUAAAAACUGCCUGACGGUAAUCAAUCAUCACCCUCACUUCCGAGCAAACCCAAACUACUCUGUAGCACCACCAACAGAGGAACCGGUGUAUAACUGGCGGAAUGUAGUAAACAGCGCAACAAAUCUUUAUUCUGAUGAGAUUGUCUACCGCAGCCUGCAGAAUAUUUCAGAAAACCAACUGAUGCAUGCAUCUGGCAGCCAGCAAAAAGGAGGAAAAGGGAGAAAAAAGCUUCGCCUGUUUGAAUAUCUUCAUGAGUCUCUCUAUGAUCCAGCUAUGGCAAAUUGCAUUCAGUGGGUGGAUAAAUCCAAUGGUGUCUUCCAGUUUGUUUCCAAAAACAAAGAGAAACUUGCAGAGCUGUGGGGGGAAAGAAAAGGGAACCGCAAAAUCAUGACGUACCAGAAAAUGGCCAGAGCACUGAGGAACUAUGGAAGAACAGGUGAAAUCAUUAAAAUCCGAAGAAAGUUGACAUAUCAGUUCAGUGCAGUUGUUUUACAAAGACUCUCUCCCUCUUAUUUCUUGGGAAAAGAAACAGUUUAUUGUCAGUACAUUCAGUCUGAUCAAGAAUAUCAGUGUUCAGAUGACUGGAUCGCUUACAAUAAUUACAUGUAUAACAAUGACUAUGCAUUGCAGCAUGCUAACAGUGAGAUUCACCAGUCACAUUAAUUUGUCUUUCAUACAGCAUGCUAACAGUGAGAUUCACCAGCCACAUUAAUUUGUCUUUCAUAGCUAAAAAUAUUUUAGGAGAACUCACCUUGCUAUAUAUUUUUCCUUCUAAAAAUAUAACACACAUUUUAAAAAAUAUUCAAAACUGAUCAUGCUUUUCUCCUAUAAUUAUAACCUUUUUAUUGGGUCUUCAACUAAAGUAGCCAUUGUUGAGUCACAUACUAAUUUCUACUUUUCUAGAGGAAUUGGCCUAGUUUCACAACUUUGUACUUAGAUUCAGAAUCUACUGUUAGUCUUUGCCUGGACAUCAAAGAUUGUAUUCUGACAUCAGUAUUUAUAGAAGGCUUUCCUUGAUUUCACUGGAAAUGUUGUGUAUGGAAUAUGGUUUUUAGUUUUCAAAUUAGUGUUUAUAUGCACCUGUAUUCUACUUCUCACCAAGAAUUUCAGGUUAUGAGAUAAUAAUGGUAGAGAUUCUCCAGAUGCUUGAUGAGUUAAACAACAUUUUUCUUUAAGAGAAAUAUUCUAGACAAAUACCCAUUUGGCUGUUAGAGCCCACAUGACAGAAACAGGAGGUGCACCAGUGCACCUUAAGAAAAUAAAUUAACCUCUUGAAAUCUGCUGUAUUUUUUAUGAUUCUGUAUUUAGUUGUAAAAUAAUACAGAUUUUUUUGCAUUUACUUAUAUAGUCGUAACUUGCAUGUUUAAAAUAUCCCUUUCCCUCUCCACCUCUUCUUCGACACGGUUACAUAAUUGAAAUGCCCAGCAGCCUCACACUCAAUUAGCAUGGGAGAAAAUAAGUUCAGUUAUAUACAGAAUUAAUAUACUCUGCUCUGGGUCAGCACAAGCUCUUCUACUUUACCUCUUACACCUGCUUAUGACCAGCUUACAUCACUGUUAAUGUCAUUGCCAAGUGUGUCCCAUACACUUCCAUGGAAGCAUUACCCAAUUCCACUAGAUCAUCAUUUGCUCAAGGUAACUACAAACCCAAAUACCUAUUAUGACAAAACUGGUUUGUGAAGAGAAGUAAUAAUAAUGACUCAAUAUAUAUGAUGUUAUCAACAUGAAAUCAUGAAGAUGUCACUAAAAGACAGAAGAAUCUAUGUGGGUAUGAAAAAAUGGGGUUGCUACCAAUUUGACUCAUACUGAUUUUACACCACUACUACUCCUGAUAGUUACUGGGUAUAUUUACACAUGCACUUUACUGUACAUUAGACUAAUUUAAUAAGCAGCUAAGCGUCACUGGCUACACAUGUGGUACAAUUAGGGCACACCAGAAUAAUUUACUCCAGCAUAGGACAGUCCUAUCAGACACGGGUACUAUCCUAUGACACAGUAAAUUACCGCGCUUAAAUGUAUGUGUAGGCAGUGAUGUCAGGAUUAAAUUAUGGGAUUAGUUUAUGUGAUGUUGGGAUUGGCCAGAGCAUAUUCAGUUGCAUUAACUGCACAUGUAGAUGUGCCCACUUGGUAGCUUGGUAGUUUCUCUUGAUUUGUAUCAAUAUAGGGGGGAAAAAAAUCAGAAUAUAACUACUGCUUAGUUGUGUGGGGAUGACAUUAUAUUUCAUAGUGGACACAACAAUAAGGUCCCUACUCAAGAAAAAAACAACUGAAGUCCAUUAUUUAAUAUGAUGGAGAAGCUGCAUUACUAGAAACUUGAAAUAAUUCAAAUAAUUACAUUAAAAUUGGGCCUGGUUGUAGUAUCCAUUGCAAAUUUGCCUAAAUGAGGAAGGUAGGACAGGCUUUAUUAAUAUGCUGUGUCCACUGACAUUUGUUGUCAUUUUAAUAAAACUACACAUUUUUAGACUUUAAUUUAAAGUCUAAAAGUUGGACCAAUCCUGCUAUCAUGCUGAAGACAGCUGAAAUUUCACUUGAGUAAAUAAUGUAAGAUUCUGUUAUUUAAAUUAUUAUCCUUUAAAAUACACACACACACACA